AUGGUCAAGGCAAUAAAAGGAACGCUAAUUGAAUGUGACCCUUCAGUCAAGCAAAUAGUCAUUCGACUGAACCGAGAGCAUAACUUCAUAAUACAGGAAAUAGAUGACAAUACGCUCUUCGUAGACAGCAAAUACAUUUCAAAAAUAGAAGAAGAAACUGCACGAAUGCUUAGCUACAUUGUAAAGAAGAAUUUUGACUGA